AUGGUUGCACCAACUGCGAGGAAACAGACAUCCUCGGUGGAGGAACCUGUCCCAGCCGCUGCCGUUGCAGAAGACGAAAUGCUCAUAGACACAGAACUGUCCGAACUCACUGAAGAAACUGAGGCAAAGAACCAGAAAUUAAUUCCACUGGGUGAGGUUGAAUUUGAUGAUGCUGGUAAGCCAAAGUUCGCCUCUGUUGCAAAAGCAACUGGGAAAGUGAAGACGGAGACCAGAAAGGUUUCCGUGCCUCCACAUAGAAUGACUCCAUUAAAGGGCGCAUGGCCCAAAAUAUAUCCACCUUUGGUGCAACAUCUGAAGCUUCAGGUCAGAAUGAACUUGAAGACAAGAACAGUCGAAAUGAGGACGUGCUCGAAAACCACCGACCCAGGUGCUCUUCAGAAGGGUGCGGAUUUCAUGAAGGCCUUUACUUUGGGCUUUGACAUAGACGAUGCAAUUGCCUUGUUGAGGCUGGAUGACUUGUAUAUCGAAUCUUUCGAAAUCAAGGAUGUGAAGACGCUAAAUGGAGACCAUUUGUCGAGAGCUAUUGGUCGUAUUGCCGGUAAGGACGGUAGGACCAAGUUCGCCAUAGAAAACGCCACGAGAACCAGAAUUGUACUUGCGGAUAGUAAGAUUCACAUCUUAGGUGGUUUCAGCCAUAUAAGGAUGGCCAGAGAGGCGGUCAUGGCCCUGAUCCUGGGUUCUCCACCAGGUAAGGUUUAUGGAAAUUUGAGAACAGUGGCUUCUAGAAUGAAGGAAAGGUAUUAG